CAAUAGUAUUACCUGAAGUUCGCAGUACGAUUAUGGAAAUUAAAAAUAAGAGCUCUUCUAAAUCAAAUCAAGAAACGCACGACGCUUGUUCGGCCCGAUCUGCGUAAACGGCGGUAUCGACUACUGGUCAACAGCAAUUCUAUAUUAUGUAAAGCGGGCCAUUCACUAGACGAACCCGUACCCGACUCCCAACCGAGACCCGGCCUGCGACUCAUCCACCGACGUCCACACAUACACCACGAACCUUGCAAAGAGUUCAUUCGUACAGUGGUUGUGGUGAGCCCUACAUACACACUAUGUCUCCCGCGUGUUCCAAGAAGUCAAAAGUUGCUUUGGCAGUUGGUGCAAUUUUGUUAUUCGAAAAUGAAAAACAGAAAAAACGGAUUUGGGUGAAAAAGUGGUUGCAAAAGAGAGAACAUUUUACGCAUUUACGUUUAUUGAAAUGUAUCCAAUCCUCUGAGCCUCUUGAUGUUAUAAAUUAUCUCCGAAUGGAUUAUAACACAUUUCAAGAAUUAUUAAUGUUAAUAGAACCUCUUAUAAAAAGGGAAAAUACUGUAUUCAGAGAAUCAGUUACUGCUGAAGCACGGUUAGUGGCAACUUUGAGAUUUCUGGCAACAGGGAGGAGUUACGAAGACUUAAAGUUUUCGUGUAUAAUUUCUCCUCAGUUACUUGGAAAAAUCAUUCCAGAAACGUGUCGUGCUAUAUACAUGUCCCUCCGGGAAAAAUACUUGCGGUUUCCCUCAACAGAAGAGGAAUGGCUUCAAAUAGCAGACCAGUUUAAGAAAAUGUGGCAAUUUGAAAAUUGCUUAGGAGCCGCAGACGGCAAACACAUAGCAAUAAAACAGCCGCCAGGUAGUGGAUCAUACUUUUAUAACUACAAAGGAUUCUUUAGCGUUGUAUUAUUUGCAAUCGUAAAUGCUAAUUAUGAAUUUAUUUAUGUUAAUUGUGGAACGAAUGGUAGAAUAUCAGACGGCGGUGUCAUCAAGAAUACAGAUUUUUACCGUUUAUUGACAAAAGGAUCUUUAAAACUGCCUGAGCCAAUCAGUAUGGCAGGAAUUAGAAACAAAUUACCGUUUGUGUUUAUAGGAGACGAAGCGUUCAGUCUUAUGACGAAUUUUAUGAAACCCUACAGACACACCACCAGAAUUGACUAUGGGGAAAAAUGUUUCAAUUAUCGACUUUCCCGUGCGCGUCGUGUAGUCGAAAAUGCGUUUGGAAUCCUGGCCAAUAGAUUUAGGGUUUUGCUAACACCAAUAGCUACCAAAGUAGAGACAGUUGACGACAUCGUAAUGGCUUGUUGUGUUUUACAUAACCUAUUACGAGGCAAGAGUACUACAUAUAUUCAACCUAAUCAUAUUGAUAGAGAAGACGUUAACUCUGGAACUGUUUUAUUAGGUGACGAUAGGCACACUAAUUCAGAACUAACGUCACUGGAUAUUUCUAGGCACGACGUUCCUACUAUUGACGCCAAAAUGGUACGAAAUGGAUACAAGGAAUAUUACAAUAAUGCUGGUGCCGUCGACUUCCAAGAUAGAUUUGUACACUGAUAAAUUCAUUUAUGUCUAAUUUGAAUAAAGUACGUAAAGUAGUGAA